CCCUACGACUUCCUGGAGACCCACCGGCGGGUGCACACCGGCGAGAAGCCCUAUGGCUGCUCCACCUGCGGCAAGAGCUUUACCCAGUCGUCGGGGCUGUGGGUGCACCGGCGGGUGCACAGCAGUGAGCGGUCCUUCACCUGCCCCGACUGCAGCAAAGGUUUCAAGUCGUCCGCGGAGCUGAAGGUGCAUAGGCUGGUGCACACCGGGGAGCGGCCCUUCACCUGCAGCGACUGCGGCAAGGGCUUCACCCACUCCAGCAACCUGCUGGUGCACCAGCGCUCCCACACCGGCGAGCGCCCCUACACCUGUGCCCAGUGCGGCAAGGGCUUCACCCAGUCUACUCACAUGCUGAAGCACCAGCGCACCCACACAGGCGAGCGCCCCUACACCUGCACCCGGUGCGGCAAGGGCUUCACCCAGUCUACUCACCUGCUGGUGCACCAGCUCACCCACACUGGCGAGCGCCCCUACACCUGCGCCCAAUGCGGCAACGGCUUCACCAGACCCUACAGCCUGCUGGUGCACCAGCGCACCCACACCGGCGAGCGACCCUACACCUGCGUCCAAUGUGGCAAGGGCUUCACCCACUCUGGCAGCCUGCUGGUGCACCUGCGCACCCACACCGGCGAGCGCCCCUACACCUGUGCCCAGUGGCUACACCCACUCCAACAGCCUACUGUCCCACGAGCGGGUGCACGCCGUGACCGUCCCUUCCCCAGCCCGGUGUGUGGAGAGCGCUUUGCCAUGGCCAACCACACCCUGUCUCACCAGCAUGUGCACACCAGUGACCAGCCCUACGACUGCCCGUACUGCGGGGGUUACGGCAACACCAGCGGAUAUACAGACUGUGAUGGAGAAGAGUGUGGCAAGAGCUUCACUUGCUACGACAGCCUGCUGCGGCACAACUGUGUGCACUCCGGCGAGUGUCCCUGCGGCUGCUCCGACUUCGGAAAGAGCUUCAAGAUGACACAUGAGCAGAAGAUGCACCAGCGGGUGCACUUGGGCUGGAAGCCCUUCGACUGCUCCACCUUUGGCGAGACCUUUGCCCGGUCGUCGGGGCUAUUAUUAAGUGGAUAG